GAGGAUCCGUGUGCGGCUGGGUGUACGGGAGCCUGGUGUUCAUAGUGGCUCUGGCCGUCUAUUGGAACGCUCUCAGUUGCAGCUUUGUGUUUGACGACAUCUCUGCCAUCAAGGAGAACCGAGACCUUCGUCCCCACACACCCGUCACUAACCUCUUCCUCCACGACUUCUGGGGCACGCCCAUGCAAAAGGAGCAGAGCCACAAGUCAUACCGCCCACUGUGCGUGCUCACCUUAAUGUGCAGCAUGUUCUUGCCGGAGCUGUCAAGCUUCGUGGCCUCUCUGCUGUUCGCCGUCCAUCCUAUCCAUACGGAAGCCGUGACGGGUGUAGUAGGUCGAGCCGAAACGCUCUCCUCCCUCUUCUUCCUAGGGGCCCUGGUGGCCUACUCCGGGGCCACGGCUCGCCAGGUCCGAGGGCCCCGUGGAGCGCGGGUGGCCACUGACUGGAGACUCCUCCUGCUGGCCAUGCUGUUGGCCACCACGGCCAUGCUCUGUAAGGAACAGGGCAUCACCGUCAUCGCUAUCUGCGCCGUCUACGAGCUCUUCAUCGUCCAGAAGGUGCGUGGGUGGGAGCUGCUGCAGUUUGGAGAGGGCAUUGUGUCCGGGAAGGGGUCGGUGCCCCCCUGGUUGGCAGACAUGGCUCCGCGUGUGUUUGUGCUCGUGGCCACCACUCUGGGCCUCAUGCUUGCAAGAGUUCACGUUAUGGGGGCCCAGCUCCCAGUUUUCACCAGGUUCGACAACCCGGCGAGCGUGGCGCCGACGCCCACUCGUCAGUUGACGUACAACUACUUACUGAGCGUCAACACGGGGUUAUUGCUGCUGCCCUCAGCCCUCUGCUGUGACUGGACCAUGGGCACCAUUCCGCUGGUAGAAACCUUCACUGACCUAAGAAACUUGGGGACGUUGGUGGUGUUGGCGGCGGUGAGCAAGCUUUCGUACCACGCCCUGUUCGUCGCCCACCGUCACCAUGCACAGAUAGUGAUCAUGGCGCUGGCGUUCCUGGUGCUCCCUUUCCUGCCGGCGACCAACCUCUUCUUCCCCGUGGGGUUCGUGGUGGCGGAGCGAGUGCUCUACAUGCCCUCCAUGGGCUUCUGCAUGCUGGUCGCUCACGGCUUCAGCAACCUCCUCGACAGAGUACAUCACAAAAAGUACGUGUGGGUGGCGUUGUUGGGGCUGCUGGCUGUCCACGCCGUCAAGACUCACGUUCGCAACGCGGAUUGGCGAGAUGAGUACACAAUCUUCACCGCCGGACUCAAGGUGAACCAGAGGAACGCCAAGCUCUUCAACAACGUGGGCCACGCACUCGAGUCCCAAGGGCGCUUCGCCGAGGCCCUCAAGUACUUCCAAGCCGCCGUCACCGUACAGGAGGACGACAUUGGGGCCCACAUCAACGUGGGCAGAACCUACAACAAUCUUAAACUUUUCUCAGAUGCCGAACAGGCAUACCUCAAGGCCAAGUCGCUGCUGCCGAAGGCCAAGCCGGGAGAGAGCUACCAGGCCAGGAUAGCGCCCAAUCACCUCAACGUCUUCCUUAACCUCGCGAACCUCAUAGCCAGGAACGAGACCCGCCUGGAGGAGGCGGACGCCCUCUACCGGCAGGCUAUAAGCAUGAGGGCCGAUUACACCCAGGCCUACAUCAACCGGGGCGACAUACUCAUCAAAAUGAAUAGGACGAAGGAGGCUCAGGAGGUCUACGAGCGAGCACUCUUCUACGACAGUACCAACCCAGACAUCUACUACAACCUCGGGGUGGUGCUACUGGAGCAGGGGCGGGCACAGCAGGCUCUGGCUUACCUGGACAAGGCCUUGGAGAUGGACCCGGACCACCAGCAGGCGCUCCUCAACUCUGCCGUACUCAUUCAGGAGUCUGGUAACGCUGAACUGCGGCCUCUGGCGUACCAGCGGCUACUGAGGCUGGUUCAGCGAGACCCCCUCAAUGAACGCAUCUACUUCAACCUCGGCAUGAUUGCCAUGGAUGAUCGAGACUAUCGGAAUGCAGAAAAGUGGUUCAGAAAGGCCAUAGAGUUAAAGGAAGACUUCCGGUCGGCGCUAUUCAACUUAGCCUUGCUGCUAACGGACGACCAGCGGCCUCUGGAAGCGGCACCCUUCCUCAACCAGCUAGUGAAGCACCACCCGGACCACGUCAAGGGGCUCAUUCUCCUGGGAGACAUAUACAUCAACAACAUAAAAGAUCUCGAUGCGGCUGAGAAGUGCUAUGAGCGAAUCCUUGCAGUGGAUCCAGGUAAUGUCCAGGGACUCCACAACUUGUGUGUGGUGUAUGUGGAGCGAGGAGAGCUGCUGGCCGCCGAGUCCUGCCUCAACAGGGCUCAUCUUAUGGCUCCUCACGAAGACUAUAUUCUCAGACAUCUGAAGAUCGUCAGGACGCGCCUCGCCAAAUUUUCUCAGAUGCAACAGCAACAGGCAGUUAGUGGGGGAAGUGAACGGACAGCACCCACCACUUUGCCUGAUGGCAGUGAUGUCACGGAGAGUGGCAGUGAGGCCAGUGCCAACAGGCCUAAAAAAACCGUUUUUAUAACAAAAACUAGUGAUAGCAAUAGCAAAAAUAUGGAGAAACAACCUGGUCGCAUGAUGGAGGCGACGCUAAAGAAUGAUGCGAGUGAUUCAAUAUCAUAAGACUCGGCCAGUGUUGCAAGUAUGCCAAAGGUACUACAGUCAUUAGAAGGUGUAAGUGGUGUGUGGUCGUCUGUACUGAUGUGGUUGGUUGUACUGGCGUGGUCAACGAGCAUUCAGUACUGUCCCCCAGUCUAGGACUUUGAUGUUGAGCUCUACAGGAUGUCGAGGAGCGUUGCAAAACAAGCGGCAGACAUGAAUUACCAGAAGUCACAAUCCUAUACAAGAAUCCGGAUCAUCCUCAGGAAUCCAACCUCUCGAGAACGUACUUGAAGUGAAAUUAUGAAUUUGUUUUUGACAAAACCAAUCGUCCAUUACGAAAACCUGCUUUACUUUAUAUUUGAAUACCUUGGUUUGAAAUGGUCUUUGUUCAUGACACUAUACAUAUAGAAGUAUGUGGGUGGGAACUUGGAAAACAAGAGCAGAUUGUGGAACUUGGCAUAUUGUCCCUCCAGCGUGUCUGAAAUUACUAUCGGGGGAAAGUGCUUUCAUGCUCCAAACACUUAAUUUGAGUGGUGAGCAACCAAGUUGCAUGUGUCCUGCGAGCACCAGUAUGAUUUAAGAGCAUGAACCGAACCACAGUGUAAAAAAAAAAUAUAUAAAAAAAUACAAAAAUUGUUUCUGGCCGGAGCAAUUCAUGUUUUGGAAAGGCCGAGCAUAACUCCCUGCCGUCCUAGGAAACGAGAAACUGGACCUUGUUGGGCUAGGAGAUAUGGCUUGAAAUGUGUUGCCGAAAUCUUCACCUCGAUGAGGUGGUGUUCCGCUGCCAAGUCAUCCCUGUAACCUUUAUAACCAAUGUCCAGUACGUCAGAUCCUAGGGGUUGUCCAGCACCCAGUAAGCCAGAUCAGUGUUGGUCAUCUGGUGCCGCAAUUGAUGUUGACAGACGUAUGAGGUUCUGGCUUACUGGGUACUGCACUAUAAAGGGUCUGGUGUGUGAAAAAUGCAUUUGUCAACACACAAAUUUUACCUAAUAUUUCAAUUAUAAAAAGCAUUAAGAGUUGCCGAAGGGUAGCAAGGGGCAUAUUAAUAAAAAAAAAUAAAAAGAAACACAGUGAUAAGUAGAGGCAAUUUCAGCUUCAUAAAUAUUAUAAUACUGUACUUCCUUCUGUUAACUAUGAAUGUGAUAAAUAAUCAACAACUGCUAAAUAUAUGUUGGUAUGGUUAAGGUAAUUAUCACGGCUGUUGCUUUUAGUAUCAUUUGGGUUCUCUCUCUCUCUCUCGGAGUCGUUGGCGAGACUGAUUCAUUGACGAGGUUUGGCUUAGCCUCAGUGGCCCAGGCAGAGGACACUAAAUUCUCCCUUUUUUACAGUGGAUUCAUUUCUUCUUCCAUCUUCCAAAUAAACAUUCAAAAAGUGCAUACUUUUUUUUUUUUUUUUUUUUUUUUUUUUUUUUUUU